AUAAAUAAAAUCGACGCACUCGCAGCUGGACUUAUUCACGCUUUAACCGUCUCCAGAUCUAGCCGAUCGCAACGCAAGUGCAAUUUACAGUGUUGUCCUAUGUCUCGCUAUUUUACAUCUGCGUAUUGCGUAGCAUUCGGGUCAUCCCAGCCUACCGUUUGACAGUUGGUGCUAGCCAACGAAAAGAAAAACAAUCCAUUUCUGGUGAAAGUGAACAAGUGAGCAAGUGAAGCAAAUUAUCCUAGCAAACAGCGCAGUGUGGGUACAGUUUUGCACACGGCUGUACGUAGCAGACCCAUUUCGUCCUCACGUCUGGCCAAUUGAAAGGAAUGCCCUUUAACUGCAGUCGCGAUUGUGUAGGUAUUCGAUACCGCAUCAACUCGCUGCACCAAACCUGGAAGUGGCUCCACCAGACCAUCGCUCUGCACGAGUACCUGAUUUCGAUGAGCGCAGCUGACACAAAUAACAGCAGCCGAAAGUCGCACCAUCCACUGCAACAGGGCAUCUUCAUCAGCAGCAGCAUUACCGUAGCGUGUUGCUAAAUUAUCUGCUUCCAACAGUUCAAAACCUGAAGCCCCCUUGUGUGUAGUGUUGUGAGCAGGUGCACAUUAUCGUUCCAGUUCCAGUGUUUACUUAAGGCAUUAAGUUAGUUCUAGACUUUUAUAUUAGUGUGUAAAAACUCUUCCAGCCUUGCAUUGCCCACUAAUUGUGUUCUUUUGGAUUGUUAGUGCACAACAACACAUCACCAAAAACCAUUUCCCUGCCUACUAAAGUCAGCAAAAAGCAAUCACAAAGCUCUAGUCAAAAAGUGACCAUCUCGUGUCUUAACCUGAACGGACUACGAAGCUACUAUCGUUAACCGUGUGCGUUUGUGUUCAUGUGAUUCCCUCAGAAGGUGAUCAGUUAAAAUAAAAAUAGAUUUUCCUCUCCCCAAAAACCAUCCGUAGCUAACGGUGGACACUGCCAAUCUUCAUACCGCGUAGCAAAUAGUCUUUCGACGUGAUUCCCCGCGGAGAACGGCUCUAAAAGAACGUUACGAAACCAAACGAAACGAUCGUGGAAAAUUUGGUCUGUGAAUAUUCUUCCACGAACCGUCAAUCCAACAGGUGGUUACGAAUUUGCGUAUCAAAACAAAGGAACCGGCCAAAA